CCGCUCCACCGCGACUCGGUGCAGCCCGCGGUGCACGGUGCUUCUCCUGGCUCGUCUCAUGCCCCUGUACAUUCGACCCAUGCCUCUGUCCAUACUUCUGCUCACGGUUCCGCUCACGGCUCGGCUCACAGCUCAGCUCAUGGGUCAGCUCAUGGAUCUGUUCAUGGUUCCGCUCACAGCUCCGCCCCUCCGUCUGAUGGCGAUGAAGAAAACGCGUUGACUUACAUCGAGAAGAAUAUCGCGAGUCUGGAGCGGACCAUGCAGAGGGACCGUGAGGUUGUGGUCGAUAUUGAGCCAGCUGAUGAAUCGAGGGCUCGUAAAUUAAAGAUAGCAGGAAAGAAAUUGCUAAGGCGUGGAUUCUCCAUGGGCGGCGAUAAAGCUGCUGUGCAUGAGCCUAGAAGUUCUCGUCCGACUUUUAAGAGCGUGCGUAGCUUAGGCUGGCUCCGUCGUCAUCGUGGAAUUGACAGCAGUGGGGAUGAGGAACAAGGGCUCUUGGAAGCGGCUGGACCUUCCUCGGAGCCUGACCGCCCCCCAAGCCAGGCUAGUUCUGAUUCCUCGGAAGAUAUUCCGGUGCGCAAUAAGUCUCCCACAGAUACACCGCGCAUGAAGAAAAU